AUGAAGGUCCUCGUCCUAUUGGUCCUGGUGGCUGUCAGCUCCGCCAUCCCACUUCAUCUGGGAAGGAGAGUUGAAUAUCAAAUAAAUGCAGCAGUUUUGCAGGAUGCUGCAGUGUCCUCACCCCAAGCAGACCCAGAGCCCCACAUGUCAUCACAGCCACAUGUCAAGUCCCAGAUGUCCUUGAAGCCAGCAGACCCGGAGUUCAACGUGACUUUGCACGCAGCAGACCCAGAGUUCAACGUGACUUUGCACGCAGCAGACCCAGAGUUCAACGUGACUUUGCACGCAGCAGACCCGGAGUUCAACGUGACUUUGCACCCAGCAGACCCGGAGUUCAACGUGACUUUGCAGCCAGCAGACCCAGAGUUCAACGUGACUUUGCAGCCAGCAGACCCAGAGUUCAACGUGACUUUGCAGCCAGCAGACCCAGAGUUCAACGUGACUUUGCAGCCAACAGACCCAGAGUUCAACGUGACUUUGCAGCCAGCAGACCCAGAGUUCAACGUGAGUUUGCAGCCAGCAGACCCAGAGUUCAACGUGAGUUUGCAGCCAGCAGACCCGGAUUUCAACAUGACUUUGCAGCCAGCAGACCCAGAGUUCAACAUGACUUUGCACCCAGCAGACCCAGAGUUCAACGUGACUUUGCUCCCAGCAGACCCAGAGUUCAACGUGACUUUGCUCCCAGCAGACCCAGAGUUCAACGUGACUUUGCUCCCAGCAGACCCAGAGUUCAACAUGUCGGCGCAACCUGUCCCAGAAUUCCUCAAAUUGACGCAGCGAGUGGUCAGAAAGUUAUUCGAGUCUGAACCAUUUGUCAAGGAAGUCAUUAGCCUCGGAAGGAAAACCUUGUGGGACAUUGUCCUGGAUGCGAGAUCAGUGCAUCUCUCUGAGGCAUCAGUCCCCAAAACUGUCCUGGAUGCGAGUUCAUCAGUCCCCAAAACUGUCCUGGAUGCGAGUUCAUCAGUCCCCAAAACUGUCCAAAAUGCGAGAUCAUCAGUCCCCAAAACUGUCCAAAAUGCGAGAUCAUCAGUCCCCAAAACUGUGCAAAAUGCGAGAUCAUCAGUCCCCAAAACUGUGCAAAAUGCGAGAUCAUCAGUCCCCAAAACUGUCCAAAAUGCGAGAUCAUCAGUCCCCAAAACUGUCCAAAAUGCGAGGGCAUCAGUCCCCAAAACUGUCCAAAAUGCGAGGGCAUCAGUCCCCAAAACUGUCCAAAAUGCGAGAUCAUCAGUCCCCAAAACUGUCCAAAAUGCGAGAUCAUCAGUCCCCAAAACUGUCCAAAAUGCGAGGUCCUCAGUCCCCAAAACUGAACUCUAA